CAGAGAAGAGCAAGAGGAGGAGGAGGAGGAGGACCAGGUGGGUGCAGGUGUAGUGUAGCUAGCCUUGUGCAGCUGGUAGCGCCCGGCCGGCACUACCCCACAUGGAGCAGCCGGCGCUGGCGCCGGAGCCGAUGCUGCUCGACGCCCAGCCGCCGCCCGUCUGCGAGAAGAAGCAGGAGGCGGAGGCGCCGUACGCGGAGGGGAAUGACGCGGUGACCGGGCACAUCAUCUCCACCACCAUCGGCGGCAAGAACGGCGAGCCGAAGCGGACUAUUAGCUACAUGGCGGAGCGCGUUGUGGGCACCGGUUCUUUCGGUAUCGUCUUUCAGGCUAAAUGCUUGGAGACGGGAGAGACGGUGGCCAUUAAGAAGGUGUUGCAGGACCGACGGUACAAGAACCGUGAGCUUCAGCUUAUGCGCGCCAUGGACCAUCCCAAUGUCAUCUCCCUGAAGCACUGCUUCUUCUCAACCACAAGCAGGGAUGAGCUGUUCCUCAAUCUUGUCAUGGAAUAUGUUCCGGAAACGCUCUACCGUGUGCUGAAGCACUACAGCAAUGCCAACCACCGGAUGCCGCUUAUCUAUGUCAAGCUUUACAUGUACCAGUUGUUUAGGGGGCUUGCGUACAUUCAUACCGUUCCAGGAGUCUGCCAUAGGGAUGUGAAGCCACAAAAUGUUUUGGUGGAUCCUCUAACUCAUCAAGUCAAGCUCUGUGACUUUGGGAGCGCAAAAGCACUGGUUGCGGGUGAACCCAAUAUAUCAUACAUAUGCUCACGCUACUAUCGUGCUCCGGAGCUCAUAUUUGGUGCAACUGAAUAUACUACAUCAAUAGAUAUAUGGUCAGCCGGGUGUGUUCUUGCAGAGCUGCUCCUUGGUCAGCCAUUGUUUCCAGGGGAGAGUGCAGUUGAUCAGCUUGUAGAGAUUAUUAAGGUUCUUGGUACACCAACCCGUGAGGAAAUACGCUGCAUGAACCCGAACUAUACAGAGUUUAGGUUUCCUCAGAUAAAAGCACACCCUUGGCACAAGGUUUUCCACAAGAGGAUGCCUCCUGAAGCAAUAGAUCUUGCUUCGCGCCUUCUUCAAUAUUCACCGAGUCUCCGUUGCACUGCUCUCGAUGCAUGUGCACAUCCUUUCUUUGAUGAGCUGCGAGAGCCAAAUGCACGCUUGCCAAAUGGACGUCCAUUUCCACCCCUGUUCAACUUCAAACAUGAACUAGCAAAUUCUUCACCAGAGCUCAUCAGCAGGCUCGUACCAGAACAUGUUCGACGGCAAGCUGACCACAACUUCUUCAAUGCUGGGAGCUAAAUACACACCAUCAUGCUCAACCCUUUGUUGGAUUGUUUUUGCGAAGUUUACAUGAAGGCUGAGUCAAAUGAUUCCUCAGAUGAUAGGCAAAUUCUUCGUUGGAAGUUCUGUUCAAGCAUUGAAGAACAUUGUAAAUCACAUGACAAGGGAGAGAAUUUUUUUUUGCAUCGCGAGUUCAGCAUUAAAACGUGAUCUGCCGGUAUGACCGGAGACGACGAACACCGCAAUGUUUAGAUCCAUGACCGAGUUUUCUUUCUUUCUUUCUUUCUUUUUUUUUUGCCGAACUGUAACAGAGUAUAGUUUCCUAAUGAUGUAGGCGUAGCUGUAACCUGUAAUCUGCCCCUGUUUUGUUCCCAUUCCAUGAUGUAAAUGCCACCAUUAAUCUGAUGAAAAAAAAUCUCAUAAUCUCAUUC